AUGGAGGCGGAGGAACACUUCGGGUUUGAGGAGGUGGCAGCGAGGCGGGCUCUGGAGGAGCUGUACCGUCCAUAUGAGAAGAACCUCGACUUCAUGCGCACUGUGCAGAACGGCGCUUUCCUGCUGGUGGACGAGCAGCGUGCAGAGCAGGCGAGCUACCGGGAGCUGGUGGUGCUGCGCCAUGCGACUGAGCGGCUGCUGCGUGUGGUGGACACGUCGAUGCACUCCGUCAUCCAGAGAGAGCGGCAUGCAGCGCGCAGAGAGCUAGCAUCAGCGCAGAGGGCGAGGCAGGAGGCGGAGGUGAGGCAACAGCGGUGUGGGCGGCUGGAGAGGGAGCUUGGCGAGGAGAGGAGCCAACAUGCUGCCGUUGCGGCUCUGCUGGUGGGUGCCAUAUUGACGCCCCCCUGGGCUGGGUAUCCAUUUUUUCCUGAUUCGUCUGUGUUGGUGCAACCAACACUGGUGCAUUUCCGUUCAACCCUCGCGUAA